UCUUGCACAGGACGCAUAAAGGCUUUGCUGUGAGAACUAACAGUCUCUCGUCCUCUUUUUCUUCCUCACCCAAUUCCCAACAAACUUAACUCCUCCAGGAAAAAAAAUGCGUGAGUGUAUCUCAGUGCACGUUGGUCAGGCUGGCGUCCAAAUUGGAAACGCCUGCUGGGAGCUUUACUGUCUGGAACAUGGGAUCCAGCCGGAUGGACAGAUGCCUAGUGACAAAACAAUUGGAGGAGGGGAUGAUUCCUUCAACACCUUCUUCAGUGAGACUGGAGCCGGAAAGCACGUCCCCAGGGCUGUUUUUGUGGACCUGGAGCCCACAGUCAUUGAUGAGGUGCGUACUGGGACCUACCGCCAGCUGUUCCACCCUGAGCAGCUGAUCACUGGCAAAGAGGAUGCUGCCAACAACUACGCUCGUGGACACUACACCAUCGGCAAAGAGAUCAUUGACCUGGUGCUGGACAGGAUCCGCAAACUGGCCGACCAGUGCACUGGCCUUCAGGGCUUCCUGGUCUUCCACAGCUUCGGAGGUGGCACCGGCUCAGGUUUCACCUCCCUGCUGAUGGAGCGUCUGUCUGUUGACUACGGCAAGAAGUCCAAGCUUGAGUUCUCCAUCUACCCAGCUCCCCAGGUGUCCACCGCUGUGGUGGAGCCUUACAACUCCAUCCUGACCACCCACACCACCCUGGAGCACUCUGACUGUGCCUUCAUGGUAGAUAACGAGGCCAUCUACGAUAUCUGCCGUAGGAACCUCGAUAUCGAGCGUCCUACCUACACUAACCUGAACAGGCUGAUCAGUCAGAUUGUUUCCUCCAUCACUGCUUCCCUUCGUUUCGAUGGUGCUCUCAAUGUUGAUCUGACUGAGUUCCAGACCAACUUGGUGCCAUAUCCCCGUAUCCACUUCCCUCUGGCCACCUACGCCCCCGUCAUCUCGGCGGAGAAGGCGUACCACGAGCAGCUAACGGUGUCUGAGAUCACCAACGCCUGCUUCGAGCCAGCCAAUCAGAUGGUGAAAUGCGACCCUCGCCACGGCAAGUACAUGGCUUGCUGCCUUCUGUACCGUGGUGAUGUGGUUCCCAAAGAUGUGAACGCUGCCAUUGCCACCAUCAAAACCAAGCGCUCCAUCCAAUUUGUGGACUGGUGUCCCACUGGUUUCAAGGUUGGCAUCAACUACCAGCCUCCCACUGUGGUUCCUGGUGGAGAUCUGGCUAAGGUCCAGAGGGCUGUGUGCAUGCUGAGCAACACCACUGCCAUUGCAGAGGCCUGGGCUCGGCUGGAUCACAAGUUUGAUCUGAUGUAUGCUAAGCGUGCCUUUGUUCACUGGUAUGUGGGUGAGGGUAUGGAGGAGGGAGAGUUCUCUGAGGCCAGAGAGGACAUGGCAGCUCUGGAGAAGGAUUAUGAGGAGGUUGGAGUUGAUUCUAUUGAGGGUGAGGGAGAGGAGGAAGGAGAGGAAUAUUAAAAGGGACAAAAAGUCAGUAAUUAAGCAGGAAACAAACAGUUCCCUUAACAUUUUGUGUGUAAUGUAUUUAAGAUGUUUGGCUGAGAGUAAAAAUCAUGAAAUGUCAGUUUGGAUGUUGAGUUGCUGUAAUAGG